AUGCUGAGGUCAUUCACAAGAAGCUUCAAACACAUUGUACAGAAUGGUUUGAUCUCCAAGCCAAUUAGCUCUAUUGUCUUCUAUUCAACUUCUUCAAGAAAGUUAGAAGGAAAAGUCGCGGUCAUAACGGGCGGUGCAAGCGGGCUAGGGAAGGCCACGGCGGAGGAAUUUGUAAGCCAAGGUGCCCGAGUAAGUAUUGUAGAUAUAGACGAGGAAGCUGGUCAUAUGGUCGCGAGGGAACUUGGCUCAGCCGCACAAUUCAUAAGAUGUGAUGUCACUGUGGAGGAACAAGUCGCUAAGGCUGUGGAAACCGUCGUGGCUAACCAUGGGAAGCUCGACGUAAUGCUCAAUAGUGCCGGAAUAUCAUGCUCCAUAGCACCACCAAGCAUAGCGCACCUAGACAUGGACAUUUACGACAAAGUGAUGCGUCUUAACGUGCGAGGUACCGUGUUAGGGAUAAAACACGCGGCUCGAGCCAUGAUCCCUGCUGGCUCGGGAUCCAUCCUCUGCCUCUCAAGCAUCAGUGGCUUGAUGGGCGGUCUAGGCCCACAUGCAUACUCAAUCUCUAAAUUCACAAUCCCGGGUGUGGUGAAGACCGUCGCUAGCGAGCUGUGCAAGCACGGAUUAAGGAUUAAUUGUAUAUCUCCCGCGGUAAUCCCAACGCCUCUAACGCUGAAGAGUUUCCGAGAGGCGUUUGCGGGUCACAACAUUCCAGAAGAACAGCUUUUGGCGAUUGUGAACGCGACAGGAGAGUUAAAGGGAGAGAAGUGUGAAGAGAGAGAUGUGGCUAAAGCGGCUUUGUAUUUGGCAUCGGAUGAUGCUAAGUUUGUGACAGGGCAUAACCUUGUUGUUGAUGGUGGAUUUACUUGUUUCAAGUCUCUUACUCUCCCUUUUCCUUGA